CUGAUCUGUGUGUACAUGUUUUUUCAGGUUCAAAUUUUGUAACUAGGAAGAUCAGUCGCUCUGUGGCGAAGAUCCAUCUUGGGCAGUUGCAGUGCUUCAGCCUGGGCAAUCUGGACUCCAUGCGAGACUGGGGCCAUGCCAAAGAUUAUGUGGAGGCGAUGUGGCUGAUGUUGCAGCAGGAGGAGCCUAUCGAUUUUGUCAUAUCGACGGGGGAGGUGCACAGCGUCCGGGAGUUCGUGGAGAAGGCCUUCAAACAUGUGGGAAAAACCAUUGUGUGGGAGGGGAAGAAUGAGGAGGAGGUGGGCCGAUGUCAGGAGACGGGAGUGAUUCACGUGAAGGUGGAUCCGAAGUACUACCGGCCAACUGAAGUGGUAAGCCACUACAAGACUGUGUUUGUAGCUUCCUGAAACAAAUAGCAGGAGAUCAGAA